AUGAGAAAUAUUACAUUCGUUGGGCAAGUGAACGAGCAGGAGCAACAGUACUUCGAGGAGUUCUUCGAAGAAAUUUUCGUAGAAUUGGAGGAGAAAUUUGGACCGAUUGAUGAGAUGAAUGUUUGUGAUAAUAUUGGCGAACACAUGAUUGGCAACGUCUACGUGAAAUUUGAGAACGAAGAAGACGCUGACAAAUGUGUGAAAGGCCUCGAUAAUCGAUGGUUCAACGGUUCGCCAGUAUAUGCCGAACUUUCACCGGUAACAGAUUUUCGCGAAGCCUGCUGUCGACAGUACGAAUUGGGAGGCUGUAACAAGGGGGCGUUUUGUAAUUUCAUGCACUUGAAACAAAUUUCGCGUGAAUUACGCCGGAAACUGUACGGCUUUCGAGCAGAAUACCGCGGCGGGGGUUAUUAUGGUGGCGGAAAUUGGCAUGAAGGUUACUUUUUUUUUAAGAUUUUUUCUCCAUUAUGGCUAUCAGCCAGUAGUCUGUGUAGAGCAUAG